AUGGAAAGAAAUAUUAGUCUAGUAUUGGUAUAAAAUAUUUGAUAGAAAGUAACUUAUACAUCUAUAAUUUCAGUGUUAAAUAAAACAAAAAUAAUAUAUUUAAAAACAUUAGAUACUAUUGAAUAUUUUAUAGAUUAGAAUCAAGAAUUUAUUUAAAAAUACAAAUAAAACUGCAUUUCAAUGUGAUAUAAGUAAUCCUGAAUUUAGAAAUUAAAAGAAUUAGUUAUCUUUGAAGUUGAAAUAUUAUCUUUUAAUUAAUUGGGAGGAAACUAUAAAUUAAAAUGAAUAAUUUUAUUAAAAUAUAUUGAAGAUACUUGAUGGAUGUUAAGCAUAAAAGGAUUAAAGAUUUAAAAUAAUAAAGGAUCUAACAGAAUUUUAUUAUAUUAAUAUGAGUUUCUUUAAAACAAUUCAGUAUCUUAAACUUAAUUCUUCUGAAUUGUUGAAAAAAAAAUGGAUAGUAUUAAGAGUAAAAAGUAGAUAAUAUAGAAUCAGCAGAUAUUACAUAUAGAAUUUUGUUUAAUAUUUGUAUAUUAAAAAUAUAGAAAAUUGA